CGAGACCCCCCACCUGAUCCUUUUUGGCACCUUUCCAAAAUUCGAUAGGAAAGACUUGUUUCUCGUUUUCGUCUCAAUGAACCAACCCAACAAUGAUUGAUCAAAUCAGGCCGUACCACACACUGCGCGAAACCUAAAGCGGGAUCGAGGCCAUGGACUGGGGGGAUUCAUCAGCGGUUCACCCUCCCACCACCACCACCAAGAUCAUGAUCUGGGUUUGCCUCGGCUUUGUUGCGUGUGUCGUCCUUUUGUUCCCUCCAACGACAUAUUCAGAAUGACAACAUUGUCGUUCAGGUGUUUCGUCGAACAGAAUGUGGGCAGACAUGGGCUUGCAUUGAUUUCCGCCCUUCUGGAAUUCGUAAUGAUCCUCCUGCUUCUCCUUGACGGGUUUCUGGCUUUCUUCUCCUCCGAAUUCGCCAGACUCUUCGAAUUGGGACCCCCCUGCUCCCUUUGCACCCGGAUACAUGGCUCCCUAGCUCACAGAAACUCGACAUCCUAUUGGAAUGGGUCCGUCUGCGAAGACCACAUGAAGGACAUUUCCUCCCUCGCGUAUUGCCAUGCCCACAAGAUGCUCUCGGAUAUCCGAACCAUGUGCGAGGGGUGCCUUCUCUCCUUCAAUGGCCAGUUUUGUUGUGGUGAUGACAGCAGGUACAAGUCUCUGGUGGGGAUUCUCCACAACGAUAACAACCCAUAUAAUUGCUUGGUCGUUGACAGCAGUAAUGAUCCCAGAACAGUUGCAAGAUUCUGCAGGAGAGAUGUUGUUGAUGAAGGCCAACAGAGGUGCUCGUGUUGUGGGGAGAUCCCAAGGAGGAGGAUGAAAUACACGAGAAGCGAGUCUGUUAAAGCACCACCCAUUGCUCCACCCCACACCCCUCGAACCUGGACAGCAAAUACUGAGGAUGAAAUGCCCAAUCUCGAUUUAUCCCAAAUAUCAUGCGCUGAAAAGCUCAAGUGGAUAUUGAACAAUGAUUCAGCUCUACUUCCAGAUGAUGACGGUGACGAUGAUGUUUUGAAUGGAGGUGGUGGGGAGACUAGUAAAUCUACCACAGUGCCAUUGCAGCCGGAAUCUUGGGCCCUGCAUGAGGAGGCUUGCAAAACCCCGAGCUGUAGCAGAGUAAACAAGUUUUCCUGGAUACCCUUGUCAGAUUCAACUCAAGCUAGUCCUAGAUGGUGCAGUAAGAAGUCAAGAAAGAUGUCAAUUGAUGUCCUCUCAGAUCUUACUGAGAUGAAAGAUGAUGCGAACGAAGGAGAUGGUGGCAUUUUGUUUCGUCUGCAGAGGCAAGUUCUUUUGGAUCGCAAAGCUCUCAUGACUCUCCACAUGGAGUUGGAUGAAGAGAGGGGCGCUUCAGCCGUUGCAGCAAACAACGCAAUGGCAAUGAUCACCCGGUUGCAGGCUGAAAAGGCAGCCAUUCAGAUGGAAGCCUUGCAGCACCAGAGAAUGAUGGAAGAACAUGCAGAUUACUACCGAGAAGAAUUGCAAGUAAUGAGGAACUUGCUGCUAAAGAGAGAAGAAGAGGUGAAGGUUCUAGAAUCUGAGCUUGAGAUGUAUAGGGACACAAAUGGACUGAUGUUUAGAGUAGAUAGUGAAAUAUGUGAAGUUAGUGCAGAUGAAGAUUAUCGGUUGGCGAGAUUUCAAUGCAACUCACCCUUCAGUGAAAUAUCAGACUUUGGAAACCGUGCCGCCAAAAGAGAUCAUGAGCGUGCUGCUGCAGUAACAGAAGAUUCUGGAGGGUGUGCAAAUGAGAGCUUGGAGAGUUCAUCUCUAGAGACUGAGAGGUCUUUGCUUUUGUCAUUGUUGUCAAAGUUUGAAAAGAAAUUAGACGCGACAUCUGACGAAGGAUCUCUUCUUGAAUUGAAAUCAGAUAGAGUAGAAGAGCAAGACCCACAAAAUGGCUCAGGAAAUAAAGAAAUAAUGGUUUGUCUUGCAAGAGAAGUGGCAACAAUCAGAGAAAAAUUGAGAACGAUCGAAGCAGAAAGUGACUUCAUUAAGCGUGCAGCUAUGACUUUACAAAGAGGGGAUGAAGGGAUAAAACUCUUGACUGAAAUAUCUGACUAUCUACGAAUGCUUAGGAAAACAUAACAUAUAUACUCCAUUUCCGAACCAAUAGUUCGUUCCACUAUGAUUUUGGUUGUGUUGCAUGAAAUUAGUGUCCGCUAAUUUUAGACGAUCAAAUGACACUUAGUUUCGUGCCAUCAGUCGACUCCAAUACUGUUUUGAAGAUGAUAGUGAUCCUUCCAACCCAACUUGCUGAUUGUCCUUCAGUAUUCUCCUUCUCAAAGUAAGAGCAUUAAGUUCUUCGAAAUACAGAGGGAUAAUUAUA